GGAAACAGAUGAACAUUCAUUUAUUGAUCGCAGCUGCUCCUCGAACAAGAAACUAAAAACCAGGCUUUUUGCGCGUCUAAGGCCUGAUGAAGGGAACACUUUCACUAAUACGUGACUUUACGAAGUGUCUCCUCGGCCAGGACCGGUAUGGUGUAAAAGUCCAGGAAUCGCAGUUGACAUUGGUCGGCUCUGACACACUCACUUGGGCUUAAUAAGUUGCAGUUGGAAAUGCUGAAACCGGGGGAUCAGAGCGGUUCUGCUUUUCUCAAAGUGGAUCCGACUUACCUCCAGCACUGGCAGCAGCUUUUCCCUCAGACUCAGCUGAAGAGCUGCGCAAUUCCGCAAAUCCCGGUCCCUGAUCGCGCACCUGGAGCUGUGGAAAGCCUCCGACAGAGACCCAGCUUCAUUUCCUCCUCUUCUUCCUCCUCCAACAGCAGCAGCAGUGCGCCGGCCGCUUUAACGCCGUCCUCGAGCUCAUCGUGCGCUCCGGCCGUGUCCGCGCUCGCGGGGUUAACGCAGCUCUCCACGCCGCAGCUCGCGCUGUUCGGACACACUCUGUGCACCGAGGUCGCACCGGCCGAACACAGCGGCGCGUCUCAGCCGAAGGAACUUUGCCUGCAGUCCAACUUUAAUGUUAAAGCGUCCCGCUUGAAGCUGACCUCAGAGGAACUGGACUACUAUCUAUACGGACAGCAGAGGAUGGAGAUAAUCCCACUGAACAAUCACACCAGUGAUCUCAAUAACCGCUGUGACAUGUGUGCAGAUAACCGGAACGGCGAGUGCCCCAUGCACGGGCCCCUGCACUCGCUGCGGCGCCUGGUAGGGACAAGUAGUGCAUCCACUGCUGUGCCUCCUCCCGAGGUUCCCGAGUGGCUGCGUGACCUACCCCGCGAAGUCUGCCUCUGCACAAGCACAGUACCUGGCCUUGGCUAUGGUAUCUGUGCUGCCCAGCGCAUACCACAAGGCACUUGGAUUGGGCCUUUUCAGGGUAUUUCUCUGCUGCUGGAUAAGGUGCAGUCCGGAGCAGUGCGCAACACAAGACACUUAUGGGAGAUCUAUGACCAGGAGGGCACGCUACAGCACUUUAUUGAUGGCAAUGAUCCAAGCAAGUCAAGCUGGAUGAGGUACAUCCGCUGUGCCAGACACUGUGGGGAACAGAAUAUGACAGUGGUUCAGUACAGAUCAUGUAUUUUCUACCGGGCUUGUAUGGACAUUCCACGCGGAACAGAGCUUCUGGUCUGGUACAAUGACAGUUACACCUCCUUCUUUGGCAUCCCCCUGCAGUGCAUCGCACAGGAUGAAAACUUGAAUGUGCCAUCUACUGUAAUCGAGGCCAUGUCCCGACAGGAAAGCUUGCAGCCUUUCGGGAAAACAUCCAAAUCCUCUUCACCGGCCAUACUGCAGCGCUCCUUGGUUUUCCCUCACUCACCCUGCUCACGGAGCUUCUCUCUUCUAGACAAGGUGGGGAACAUGGAGUCUGGCUUUAACCAGCUGAACACCAAGAACCAGCGGGUGCUGGCCAGUCCCACAUCCACCAGCCAGCUUAACAGUGAGUUCAGCGAUUGGCAUCUCUGGAAGUGUGGCCAGUGCUUCAAGACCUUCACACAGCGCAUUCUUCUACAAAUGCAUGUGUGCACACAGAACCCCGACAGACCAUAUCAGUGUGGACACUGUUCACAGUCCUUCGCCCAACCCUCAGAACUACGUAACCAUGUGGUAACACAUUCCAGUGACCGGCCCUUCAAGUGUGGCUACUGCGGCCGAGCUUUCGCCGGAGCCACGACGCUCAACAACCACAUCCGCACCCACACCGGAGAGAAGCCAUUCAAGUGUGAGCGGUGCGAGAGGAGCUUUACGCAAGCCACACAGCUUAGCAGACACCAGCGGAUGCCCAACGAGUGCAAACCCAUCAGCGAGAGCAGCGAAUCAAUUGAGGUGGAUUAGUUGAUUGACCAUGCCGGAAUUAAACGGCGAGGGAAAGUCAUGAUUAAAUGUCACGGACACUUAAGCAAAACCAAAGAUUUCCUCUGAGAAACUCUCAAUCAGCCCCAGAAAACCAAAAGCAGUAAUAAAAUAAGUAAGAUGUUAAAAGAUAUUGAUUCUGACACAGAUAAGGGACUGGUUGUGGCUGGGGUGGGGGUGUACUGAGGGUUGGGAUUGGGGGAGGGACAAGAUUAUUUAUUCAUGAAAUACCAAAAACAUGGCUUAUUGCUUUAUAUCUUAGUCAUGUACAUUGUACAAUAAUACCAAAGGUAGAAGACUAAAAGGGGUGCCGGGACAUACCCCACAAACUGACAAUGCACAAUAUCUGUAUAAUUGCACCAUUUAAUAAGCAGGAUUUUUUGAGAGAAACAUUUGUAUUCACAAAAAAAAAAGCUUCUGUAUAAAAUGUACAUUUUGAAUUAUAUUUCUCUCGUAUCAUGCUUUUUGGCACUUUUGACUGAUAUUAUUUAAUAUUUCAUUUAAAGAAUGAUUCUGAAUGUGAUGAUGGAGAUUAUUUAAAUAUGACUGGGAUGGAAGGGAAAAUGCAAAAUAAAAAAAACCAAACCAAAAAAACUUGUUACCAAAUAUAAAAUGAAGAACCAGAGUUUUAAAGCAAUACAUAGAAUGUAUCUGUCAUGUCAUUCAUUGCUUUUAUGGCCACAUUUAUUUUAGUGGGGCCAUUGAAUGUUGCAUUUUGCUGCAAAAAAUAAAAAAUAAUGUUAAACACCAUUUCUAAGGUAAACAUUACAGUUUUGCGUAUACUUUGGUAUAGUUGCAAUUUUCAGACAUUUUCAACCCCCUGCCCCUAAAAGAAAGUGAGGAUAUUUCUCUACAGAGAUAGUUUGCUUUUAAUCAGUUGAAUGAUACAGCAAAUGAACAAAUAAACUAAAAUGAAUAGUUGCAGGAUAAAUCAAUACUACCCUGUCACAAUUAUUCAACCCGCAUAUAAUAUUGCUGAUUAUAAAACCUAUUGCUAGUUAAUAUGACCUAAAUCUAGGUUAAAGCACGGAUUAACCCUAUUGGGAACACGAUAACAACUCUUAGCUUCAGCUGUGGUGUGUUUCUCACCACUAAGGGAUGUAUUAAAGGUGUAUUGAAACCAUGAUUAAGACUAAGGAGCUGUCGCAAAAGCUAAGGAAUUUUUCACUGCACCAAAAAGGCAGUGGGUGUAAGAUUUUGAAGAUCCUGAACAUUCUCAGCAACACCAUUGAGCGCAUUGUACAGAAGUUCAGAACGUCUAGCACAGCAUCAAACCUGUCUGACAGUGUGAAAGUCUAGAAUCCCAAAAUGUUGUCAAGAGGCCUUUAGCCAUCUUAACAGGACAAUGAAGAAAAACCCGGAGUUAAUGCAAAAGACUGAUGAUGACUGGCACAAAUGUGUCUGUGACCACCAUAAGAAUACAUAAAAAAACAAGACUCCAGGAGGCAUGUCAUUCAAACAAGAAGCAGAAGAAGGGCCAACUGGACCAUAGAAGGAGGAAUUUACAGUUUUGGUAUAUAGUUGUAUAGGGAGACAAAACAAACCCGGGACUGUUUGGCCACAUUGAUCACCAGAUUGUGUGGCACAAAAAAGGCAAAUCAUAUGACCAGAAGAAUAAUAUCUCCAUGUUCAAGCAUGGAGGUGGGUCAGGGAUGAUGUAGGGAUGUUUUUCUGCUGUAAGAAUGACAUGACCAUGUGUCAGGCAUCAUUGAUUCACAGAAAUGCCAAGCCAUUUUGAGGCGGAAUGUAAUUUCUUCUGUGGUGAACUUGAAUCUCGGUGAUAAUUGGACUCUCCAUUGAACAAUGGUCCCAAGCACACUUUCAAAUCAACCAAAGCUUGGUUACGAUCAGUCUAGGAAUGUCUUCGUCUUGGCUUUUUUUUGCGUUUGGUGGGAUAUAAGGAAAACAGCUGCAGAACAGAGGCCAUCAAACUUCAAUGAGCUAGAAGCUUUUGCAUUCAAAGAACGAGCACAAAUUCCACAUAAGAGCUAUCAGCACUUAUAAAAAUCAGUUAUAAAGAGCAAAAAGAUGCACAAGUUAGUACUGAGGUUAGGGGUUGAAUAAUAGUGCACAUGGCCAACUAAAUUUUGAGUUUAAAUGAAAAACAUAUCAAAUAAUAAAACUUUCCUGUACAAAUCAUUAAAGGUUUAAUUUGUUUGGCUUAUUUUUUCGUUUACUGAGACUUGUAUAUUUCGAUUCCAUCCUAUACACUUAACCAUAAGUUGAAUAUUGCAAGUUUGAAUAUAAAGUUGAUUGCAACUUUAUACAUAUACCAUAUAGGUUUUUGACACUUUUUUUUUUUUCUAAUUUAAAAACACAACAGACUGAUCAAAUUGGUCUCAGAAUAUAAAAAAAAAAAGGUUUGAAAUAUUAGAAAGAAAUCACAAUGAUUUACCUCGGAAACAAAGCAGCUCAAUCAAAGACAGGUACCUUUUUUUAUAAAACCUCUGCAGCUUAUUGUUUAAUGAACUCGUCUUUUAAGUUGAAUGAAAAAGUCAAUCAUGUAUGAUAAUCAUUACAGUGUCUCAAAAUACGUUAAGUUCUGGAAAGUGUGAUGAGCUCAGUCUUGUCCACCUUUGAUUCCUGUUUGCAUGAUUUUGCC